CGGCUGACUCGGACGAGUUCUGACGUGUUACUUGACCAGCAUCCUUACCCCUCCACUCACAAAUGGCCAUGUUGAGGCUCUAAGAACGCUCAACUCAACAGUGGUCAAUAUUUCAUCUUAUUGCAAAUACUAAUUUGCUGAGUCCUGACAAUUCUUGCUGCUGGAUCACUACAACUCGCUGGCUCGGUUCAACUUGGAUUUGGCUAUCAGCAACUUGGCCCGUCUCAGGCUUGCAUGCGUAUUACCAAGGAGAUGGGUUUAAUUAACAGAGCUGCAUAUCUUCUCGGUAUUUUCUUUCCGAAUAUAGCUUCACUGCUCACGAGAACAAGUAUAAAACCAACGCGGUUGGGUUCAAAUGGGUUCAGAAACGAACGCCUCUUGUUGCACUCUUCUAAGACUCUUCUAUAGCAACGUCACGCACAUUGCACAGUCAGACUUUGUCAAUACCAUGAAGCUCAUUCAAAUUGUUUACUUCACAAUCCUUGCCGCUUCCAGUGUCGCUGCCAGUGUCGCUGGGGUAAACAGAGCCACGGCCCCUCAGAAGAUAAACUGCGACGGCCAAUGCGCUUCCUCUUCAACAAAUUUGGACUGCAAGCAAUGGGCAGGGACAUCGCCUUACCUUGUGAAAGACGGGUGCUGGGCGUGCUGUCAGCCUGCCACCUAAAUUAGUUGAACCUCUCGGUCAUUUUGCUCUCAAUACAAGCAAUAUAUGUAUCGUGUACCGCUUCUCCAAAAAUACUCAACAUCGAUAAGAUGCCUCUGUGAAGCACAAAGAGAGAUGCACCGUUGGCUCUCUUUUGACCUACAUCCCGAAC